CAGGCUUGAGAAGAAACCCAUUUUUAUUUCGGAGAAACUCCAGACUAUGAAAAUGACAGAAUCAAAUGUGAAAAGGCUUGCCACUACACUGAUAGGUGCAAUCACAGAUAAGGACCCUUUAGUGCAAGAGCAACUUUGCAAUUCUUUAUGUUAUCUUGGAGAAUCAAAAGCUGAAGAAACUCUUAAUGCCUGUGAUGAGUAUCUCCGGCAGCAUGAGAAGCUUGCAUAUCCAUACCGAGUCAUUAUCCUGAAGGCUAUGGAAACAAUUGUGAAGAAUAACAUAGAUGAGCUGGAUCGGUGUACAGCCAAGAUAGUUAUCAUUUUGGCCUCAAAUGAAAUGACCAAAUCUAAGGAAUUAAUCCUGGAUUGGCAGCAGGCCGCAAGCAGUGUACUUGUUGCUGUGGGGAAACGGUUUAUCAACAGAGUGAUGGAGGAGGUUUUGACCAAAUUUCAGCCAGGGAUCCUGCCUCACUAUUUUGUCAUGCAGACAUUUGCAAACCUGUCUAUCACCAAUGUAUUUGGCAUGGUGCCCUUCUUGAAUUCCAUUCUGACGACCAUGUUACCAAUGCUACACCUGGCUCGGCAGGACCAGAUGAAGGCUGUAUUUUGUUUUGCUCUGCAGCACUUUAGCGACAGUAUCCUAGAAUACCUAGCCAACCUGGAUCAAGCCCCAGACCCCACAGUCCGGAAGGACACAUUUUCCACUGAGAUCUUCAGUGCUUAUGAUGUCCUUUUCAACCAUUGGUUACAGAGCCGGGAAGGGAAGCUUCGGUUGGCUGUGGUUCAGGCACUGGGACCCAUGAGUCACCUGAUGCCCAGUGAGAAGCUAGAGGAACAGCUACCUAGGCUCAUCCCAGGAAUCAUUUCCCUUUAUAAGAAGCAUGCUGAGACUUUUUACGUGUCCAAGAGUCUUGGGCAGAUUCUUGAAGCUUCUGUGAACAUUGGGAGCCGCACGUUGGAAGUGCAAGUUGAUAUGCUUCUGGCUGCUUUGCACCCUCAGAUUUGUGCCCCAGUGGAUUCAUUCAACCCCUUGGUCAUUAAGAAUCACAAUGAAGUUCUACGUUGCUUCACAAUUCUGGCCUGUUCCUUUCCUGAUCGCCUAUUGGCUUUCUUGCUUCCUAAACUGGAAAACAGCAAUGAGAGAAUUCGAGUGGGGACCCUGCACAUCAUGAGGCAAGUCAUCAACUCAGCCUCUGUUCAGAUGGAGAUUAAGAAGCCAUUUAUUCUGUCUUCCAUGAAGUUUCCUCUGAUGGACACUAACAACAAGGUGAAGCGGGCUGUGGUGCAGGUAAUCAGUGCAAUGGCCCACCAUGGUUAUCUGGAACAGCCUGGGGGUGAGAUGAUGAUAGAAUAUAUCCUUCGGCAAUGUGCCCUGCCACCAGAACUAGGGCUUAAGAAGCAAAUGUCAGAAAUUGAAGAUUCCUUAACUAGUGACAGUGUCCGGACCAUCAGCAUCAAUACACUUUAUCUUAUCAGCACCACUGUGGACAGGAUGAAUGAUGUUCUUUGGCCAUACCUUCUGGAGUUCCUAAUCCCUGUCCAGUUCACUAAUGCCUUGACACCACUCUGCAAGAGUCUUAUGCAUCUGGCAAUGAAGAGGCAGGAGGAAGGGGAGAAUUCAUUCCUCAUUCAGUAUGAUUCAAAUGUAAACCUUCCCUCUCCCUUUGCUUUAACUACAAGACUCUUGAUUGUGUCUUCCAACCCUUACCUUGGGGAGGGCAGAGGAGCAGCCUCUCUACGGCUACUGAAUGUUUUGCAUCUAAAUAUCCAUCCACUGUUGGGUCAGCGGUGGAAGAAGACCAUCCCCCCCUUAGUAAACUAUCUAGAAGAAUUCAAUGAAGAAACCCUGUCUCAGAAGGAAUGGGAAGAAAAGCUGCUGAUGCUUGCACUGGUGUCUAUUAUGUGUUUGCAGUUUCUCCGGGAUACCCUUACUGUUGUGUCUGAUAACACGUGGAUUUGCCAGCUGAGCUUGGAGAUGUGUAAACAGCUGAACUGCUAUAAUGGAACGCCUCUGGAGAAGAACUUCCUGUAUAAAUGCAUAGGAACUACAUUGGGAGCUGCUUCAAAUAAGGAAAUAGUGAGAAAACAUCUUCAGGAACUUCUUGAGACAGCACGGUACCAAGAGGAAGCUGAAAGGGAGGGCCUGGCUUGCAGCUUUGGGAUUUGUGCUAUUAAUCACCUAGAUGAUACCCUGGCAAAGCUGGAGGACUUUGUGAAAUCAGACAUCUUCAGGAAAUCUGUGGGCAUAUUUAACAUUUUUAAGGACCGCAGUGAUACUGAAGUGGACAAAGUCAAAAGCACACUGAUUCUGUGCUAUGGGCAUGUGGCUAUGCGUGCUCCUCAGGAGCUGGUGUUGGCUAGGAUCGAGUCUGACAUACUCAGGAACGUCUUCCAGUACUUCAACACCAAGGUUCUGGGAAUAAAGGUAGAAACUAAGGACCUAACCUUGAAGCUGUGCCUCAUUCGGAGUAUCUGCAUGAUCAGCCAAGCCAUCUGUAACAGUGUUCAGUCUUCUUCCUUCGUCUUCUCUCAGAAAGCAGAGCUGGUGACUCAAAUGAUGGAAUUUAUCAGAGCAGAGCCCAUGGACUUUCUGAAGACAGCAAUACGCAAGAGAGCCAUGAUUGCCUGCACUUACUUAUCAACAUUGGAGCCUCCACUGGAAGACCUGGACAAAGCUGAGUUGAUCCACAGCUGCCUACAUAGUGUGUUGGCCCUCCCUUCGGAUGCUGGGAUAACAUCCUACUUCCAGGAGACCCUGUACUUUGAUACUAUGACUGCACUCAAGGAUUUGCUGACAAGACUUCUGCUUCGAAACUUAUCUCCCCAAGGCCUGCAGAACAUGUUUGAGCAUUUGACCCCAUGGAUCAAAUCUCCCAAAGGACAUGAGCGGGAACGUGCCCUAGGGUUGAGUGCUUAUCUGCUGCGCUACUUCUUAGAGCAUUUGAAUGUUAUCGCAAUUGUACCGUUCUAUAACCUGGGGCUUCUUGUUGGGAUCUUCUCUCCGAGGUGUGCAGACUCAUUGUCUACUCUCCGACACAAUGCCUUGGACUGUGUUUACUCAUUACUCUACAUACAACUCUUCUAUGAGGGUUUUGCCCAAGAUUAUCAGGAUGAAGUAGCAGAAAAGCUCUUAUCUCUCAAAGAUAGCCUAAUUGAUCCCAAUGUCACUGUUCUCUUCCACACCUGCUACAGCAUUGCUCAGAUUAUUGGGAAGCGUCUCCCCCCAGAUCAGUUUAUUUCCUUCCUACUGACAACAUUUGAAGGGCUGAAAGACUCUGAUGCGAAUUGUGCACGUGCUGCCACAGUCAUUAUCAACUGCCUGCUGAAGGAGAGGGGAGCUGUGUUACUGGAGAAGGUGCCAGAGAUUAUGGGGCUGAUCCAUGGCAAGCUAUGUGAGGUAAAGGAUGAACAUGUGGUGAAAGCUGUCCAGCAGAGUGUGUAUCUCCUUGCAUCUCAGCAUAAGGCAGCAGUGGUGGCCAGUCUUUUGGCCAGUCCCUUGCCCUUUGACAGCCACACCUGUUCUCUUUGGAGGGCUCUGGCCACAGAACCCACCCUCACCUCCCAAGUCCUGGAGCUGCUUUUAGACAAGAUGAAUAAAGAUGUCCCCUUCACGGAGAAUAAGUCCUUCUUGUUGAGUAGCAGCUAUGACCGAGUGGCUACGGUGAUCCCUCUUGCUGCCACAUGUGCUCUGUAUGAGAUCAUGUCUGCUCCAGAGUCUGGGGCAGCAGUGUUGGGCCUUUACCCCGAGCUAUUUGUGACUCUCCUGUUGCGAGUCAGCUGCACUGUGGGUGUCCAGCUCCCCCGGAACCUGCAGGCCAAGGAGAGGAAGAGUACCAACCCCCGCCUAGCACCCAAAAUUCUCGAACCCUGCAGUUGUGCUGUGGAGACACUGCAGGCCAUGCUGUCCCGUGGAGGAAGUGGGGAAGUCAUCACAUGUAUGGGUCUGGAAGGUGGCUGGGAGCUGAUGAAGACAUCUGAAGGCCAUGAAGAGGGAGUUACUCUUCUUGCCAGAGCCAUGGCCAAGCAUUCAGGUCCCAAGCUCCCGUUGAUUGUGAAGACGCUUAUCCCUGUGCUCAACAGCGUGUACGAGAUUCAGAGGAUCACCACCAUCGCCUACUUUGCAGAGCUGCUGAGCAGCAAUGUGGUGAAUGAUCUGAUCCUCCUGGAGUCCCUGCUGGACAACACAAUGAGUAGGCAGAAAGAUGUGUGCCCAAAUGUUCGCAGGUUGGUACUUCGUGGGCUGGCCAACAUCGCCACAGGCUCCCCAGAUAAGGUUCGGAAGCACGGCCCCCAGCUCCUCACCGCCAUGAUUAAUGGCUUGGAUGACAAGGAUGAUCCCCAUAACCUGGUGGCCCUGGACGCCAUGUUGGGCCUCUCUCGCCUGCUGGAUCUGGCUGAAGAAUGGGACGUUCGCUCCAUCCUGCUGCACAUCACCAUCCGCAUCCGCCCCUUCUUUGACAACGAGCGGGAUGAGUUCCGGAGCUCAUCCAUCAACCUCUUUGGACACCUGAACAAGUUCUGCCACGGGAACUGCGAGGAUGUCUUCUUUGAGCAGAUCAUCAAUGGGCUGGUGAGCCUGUUGCUGCACCUGCAGGACCCCAAGCCCUCCGUCGUGCGUGCCUGUAAGUUUGCCCUGCGCAUGUGCGGCCCCAAUAUGGAAUGUGACGAGCUCACCGACUUGUUCGAGAGGCAGCUGCACGACGGGCGUGGGCUGCACUUUGGGGAGUUCAUGAAUGAUACCAGCAAAUACCUGAUGCAGAGCUUCCCCGACACGCUGAGCCGAAUCAUCAGUACCAACUUGUUCUACUUCAAGAGCUGCUGGGAGGACAUCCGGGCCGCGGCCCCCAUGUUCAUCGGUUUCUUAGUGCUCCAUGCAGAUAAAGUGACCUGUGAACAGGUGGAUCUGAACCAGCUGCUCUCAGCUCUGCAGCUGCUGCUCAAGGACCCAGCACCCACAGUGAGGAUCAAAGCUGCAGAGACUCUGGGCCGCCUGGUCAAGUUUGCCUGAGCCACCGGACCAGCCUUUCUAUGAGCAAAGUGGACCAGAUUUCUAAGAAAGAACCCUCCCUGCCCAGCCAGCCAGCUGUGGAACAGCUGGAUCCUGAUAGUCCUCCUAUUCCCUCCCCCUCCCAUGGCUCCCGCUCUUGGAGGUCAUGAGGGUCACAAGCCGUAGCUCUAAACUGGGCCUGGGUUGGGGCUAUAGUCGGGACCAAUCCCAUCCUCUUCACCUCCAGCAGAGACUCAAUCCAGGCAGGACCCAAAGGUGCUGGAGGAAAAGUUGUACAUAGGACAGAGCAUACUGUACUUAUUUUUCAAUAAAAGCCGUUUGCUCUUC